AUGGAGAGUGAUGAGAGCUUUUUGGUGUUAGUGCACUCUUCUGGAAAAAUAAAAAAGAGUAAGAGGCACAGUGUGAAGGUUACAGAUAGAGAACCGCUGAGUAUUUUCAUCAGGUCGUCUGAUACACUGUUGGAUCUGAAGAGCAGUAUAUUGCAGAAGUUGGGCACGGGUGGCACAAAGUGGGUGAAGAAGCUGUUCUACAAGAUUUCUAUUGCGGUUGUGUCAACCGGCGUGCAAUAUGAAACAUUCGUGUUACGAUCAGAUGAAGAUAUGCAGGUGUUGUUUCAUUGUCAUCGAAGUUUCCCGGAAGUGAGGAUACACGAGUUGUUUGAGAAGUUGGAACAUGGGAUCGAUAAGUAUCGGCCAGCUAGUUCAGUUGGGGUAUUCACCUCAACUCAUCCAUCUCCAGAUGUAAGACGUGAGGGGAAACCGGAUCGGGUUGAAAAUGUGAUGCUAGAGGAUGAUUCCGACGAAGAGCCUGCUGACAUUGGAGGGGACAGUGAUGAUGAAAUUCCGACAAACCCAGCAACAUGUCAACCACCGCCAAGUGCCAGUACACAUGAGCAACCUGCACAUUAUUCUACCCUGGACCUGGAAGCCAUCGGCCAACCAACGGAGUCAGCACCAACCUUUGGGGGUCAAGGGUUGCACGAGGGAAAUUCUAUAGCUGAAUUUCAAGUUGGCCAAUCUUUCCACAGUAAGGAGGAAGUUGUGCUUAUUGUAAAGGAUUACAGCAUUCGGCACGGUGUUGAGUACAGAGUGAUGGAGUCGGAUCAUCUUAAGUACCAUGGGAGGUGCAAGGAGUUCGAGAAGGGUUACACGUGGAUGAUUCGCAUCAGCCUUCGAGCGCGGAAGGGAACCUGA